UGCUGUUAUUUUCAAAGCUCUCUGGGGGAGUUUGUACCAGUCAGUCAGCCCUCCUUUGUGCAGCCUGGGGAUGAUUCACAGUGCUGUGAUUAAUCUGCGAGACCGAAAACAGAAGGCUAUUCUUAACACUGACUGAAAAAAGGGAAACUUCAGAGGUGUCCAGAUAUCAAUAUGCAAUCUCAGGCUCUGAAGGAAAACUUGAAGUUCAUCUUCCACCUUGUCCUCCCUACUCGGUGCUCCAGUGCUAUAGAGGAUUUCCAGGUCCUCAGCAUGAAGAGAAGGAAGCUGCAGAUUUCACACACUCAAAUUCUCUCAUCGGAAAUAAAGAGUGUUCUCUGUGAACGCCAGCAGACAGACCAGGAGGAAGCUUCCCCUUACUCCUUACUUGACAUCUGCUUGAAUUUCCUCACUGCUAACCUAGAGAAGUUCUGUACAGAAAGACAAGAUGGAACGCUGUGCUUGCAGGAGCCAGGAAUGUUUCCUCAGGAAGUGGCUGAUCGAUUGCUGCAGACGAUGGCGUUUCAUGGGCUUCUGAAUGAUGGCACUGUGGGCAUCUUCCGAGGCAAUCAGAUGCGUUUGAAACGAGCCUGCAUCCGGAAAGCAAAGAUCUCUGCUGUGGCCUUCCGGAAAGCAUUCUGCCAUCACAAGCUGGUGGAACUCGAUGCUACUGGGGUGAAUGCAGAUAUAACAAUCACAGACAUUAUAAGCGGGCUUGGCAGCAAUAAAUGGAUCCAACAAAACCUUCAAUGCCUUGUGCUGAACUCACUGACUCUUUCUUUGGAAGACCCCUACGAGAGGUGCUUCAGUCAGCUGUCAGGGCUUCGUGCAUUAAGUAUUACCAACGUUCUGUUCUACAACGAGGACCUGGCGGAUGUCGCUUCGCUCCCUAGGUUGGAGAGCCUGGAUAUAUCAAACACCUCUGUUACUGACAUAACAGCACUUCUCACCUGCAAAGAUCGCCUGAAAUCUUUGACCAUGCACCACCUGAAAUGCUUGAAAAUGACCACAACUCAGAUUCUGGAUGUUAUAAGAGAACUAAAAUAUCUGAAUCACCUUGAUAUUUCAGAUGACAAACAGUUCACAUCAGACAUAGCACUUCGUUUACUGGAACAGAAAGAUAUUUUGCCAAACCUCGUGUCUCUGGACAUUUCUGGAAGGAAGCAUGUCACAGAUAAGGCUGUAGAAGCAUUUAUCCAGCAACGGCCAAGCAUGCAGUUUGUAGGAUUGCUAGCUACCGAUGCCGGCUACUCAGAAUUCCUAACAGGAGAAGGAAACCUAAAGGUAUCAGGAGAAGCAAAUGAAACUCAGAUUUCUGAAGCCCUGAAGCGUUACAGUGAAAGGGCCUUCUUUGUGAGAGAAGCACUCUUUCACUUAUUCAGCUUGACACAUGUAAUGGAAAAAACGAAGCCUGAAAUUUUGAAGCUUGUGGUUAUUGGAAUGAGAAAUCAUCCCCUGAAUUUGCCAGUGCAGUUGGCAGCAAGUGCGUGCGUCUUCAACCUAACCAAGCAAGAUUUAGCAGCAGGCAUGCCUGUGAGACUGCUGGCUGAUGUCACUCACUUGCUCCUGAAAGCCAUGGAACAUUUCCCAAAUCAUCAACAGCUGCAAAAGAAUUGUCUUCUUUCUCUGUGCAGUGACAGAAUACUUCAGGAUGUUCCAUUUAACAGGUUUGAAGCAGCCAAACUUGUUAUGCAGUGGCUAUGUAAUCAUGAAGAUCAAAACAUGCAAAGGAUGGCUGUAGCCAUAAUUUCCAUUCUUGCUGCAAAGCUUUCGACGGAGCAAACUGCUCAGCUUGGCGCAGAGCUCUUCAUUGUUAGGCAACUACUACAAAUAGUUAAACAGAAAACAAAUCAGAAUCUUGUAGAUACAACCCUCAAGUUCACACUGAGCGCACUUUGGAACCUCACUGAUGAAUCACCAACAACGUGUCGGCACUUCAUUGAAAAUCAAGGUCUUGAACUUUUCAUGAGGGUUUUAGAGUCUUUUCCAUCAGAAUCAUCCAUUCAACAGAAGGUUCUUGGACUUCUGAAUAACAUAGCUGAAGUUAAAGAACUCCAUUCUGAAUUAAUGUGGAAGGACUUUAUAGACCACAUCAGUAAACUAUUGCACAGUGUGGAGGUGGAAGUCAGCUAUUUUGCAGCAGGGAUUAUUGCACAUCUAAUAUCUCGAGGAGAGCAGGCCUGGACGUUAAGUCGCAGCCAGAGAACGUCUCUCCUUGAACAGCUGCAUUCUGCCAUUUUGAACUGGCCAACUCCAGAAUGUGAGAUGGUGGCUUACAGGUCUUUCAAUCCAUUUUUUCCACUACUUGGCUGUUUCAUGACACCAGGCGUCCAGUUAUGGGCAGUGUGGGCCAUGCAGCAUGUCUGCAGCAAAAAUCCUGCCAGGUACUGCAGCAUGUUAAUUGAAGAGGGUGGCUUACAGCACCUGUACAACAUUAAGGAAAAUGUCCAGACUGAUCCACAUGUCCAGAGGAUUGCUAUUGCCAUCCUGGAUAGUUUGGAAAAGCACAUUAUGCGUCAUGGGAGGCCACCUCCAUGUAGAAAACAGCAACAAAAUAAACCAAACUGAGAGCUGCAGGUAUAAGAGUGUAAAGUAUUGUCUCUGUAAUAUUCCCUUCUGAUGUGUGUGUAGUUGGAGUAAUAUGUAAUAUAGUGGUCACCAUUAAAGUGAUUUGCCUAUAAUUGUGGUACCCAGAACCAUGUAUGGUAACCUUUGGUGAAUGUCAACUUUAAUGGCAACUGCAUAUGCAACUUGUAAAGGGUCGCUGCUUGAGCUGGUCAUACCUGUAGGAUUACUGCUGUCUACAAAGAGACUGGACUUGUACAGAUAAAUAUGCACAUCUGAGAAGGAAAAAACCCAACAAUUCUAGGAACACCUUGGGUUUUGACUUCUGGGACGGAAAGUUAUUUCAUCCCUAUGAUUGCUGUUUAUAAAACUGUUUACCAGACUGGUGUUUGAGUAGAACUGUGCGUGGUUGUGGUAUUCAACACUUUGACAGAUUUAAACAAAAGUUCCUGCAUGCAAGUUCCAAACGAGACUUGUAUCUAAGGCGACCAAAAUGUCCAUCUUCUCAUAACCCUUCUGAACAUGAGGACUUCAGCCUCCUUUUCUUUUGCCUACCAGCUCUGCGUUUUUGUUUUCCUUGCUGCUCAGCCUAUGCCUUUUUGAAAUUCAGCUCUCCUGAGUCCUCUGUGCUCUCAGUAAGGUUGGGAUCAGCACUGUGUCAGGGAAAAUGGAAACUUGCUAUAAUAAAGCAAUAGAAACAAGAUUGAUAGGAGACACUAAAAGAAUGAGCUAAGCUUGAGAUUUUAAACUUGAUAGCAUGAAGGGGGUUUUGCUGUUUGACUGCUUUUGGUUGUGUGUGGGAUCUUUCUUCUCUGUUUGGAAAAACUGAUAGGGAAAGAGAAGGCUCGUUAGAGUGAAAUGUUCUCAUCCUGAAAGGGAUUGCAUGUUUUAACAGGAGGCCUGGGAUGUUUGGUCACCUUAUUUAUAAGAGACUAAUGAUUGUUUUCUGUAAAUACUCUGUUAGUAUUGUGCAGUGAAUUAUAUUUCCAAGUCACCUCAGUGCAAAAUAUCACCCAGUGUUCUGUGUAAAACCCAUGUCGAUUGCAUUGUUUUGUGAGGUGUGAAAUUUUACAUAAAGAUGCUAAUUGUAACAAUUUAUUUCUUGGUUACCUGUGGGUUUCAAAUGAUGUGCUGAAUGAAACGUAUUGCACAGCAUAUGGAUGCCUGAUAAAAUACAAGCGAUGAAAGCAAACUGCAUGUCGAUUCAAACUCACUUUUAUUUCAAGAAUUGUUUCUGUUUGUCUGGUUAGUCUCCAUGUUUCCACAGGAACUGACUGAUGUUCUUAGACUGUUUUGUAAAUAUAUUGGUACGUCAGUUCAAAAAAAAACUUAUGUUUGAUAGUUUACGAGCAGGGAUGACUACUUCAGGAUGACCAUGUUUUACUAUUUUUAACUCCUCCUCUUCCUCUCCCUCCUAAUUCUCAUCCUUCAAAUAAAAACAUCACCUCUA